AUGCGAGGACCAACGGCCUCGUUCCUAUGGACACACAAGCUCCGCCAAUGCGUGCCGCUGACGUUAGCUGCAGUCAUCAUUGCGCUGCAAUUGGGCUUGCUUGUCGUUUUCCUCCGCCUCCUCCACUCCUCCUCUCCAUCCGUCCUCCCGGCCUCUCCUCUCUUUCAUUCCCUUACCCUCUCCGCGUCCAUCGGCGACGCUACCAAUUCGGCGUCCCCGCAUCAGCAUAUCUCCGCUGAUUGCUGUACUAAGAACAGCAGCAGCUGCAGCAGCAGCAGCAAUGGCACGAGUAGCUCUUACGACGGCAUUGGAAACGCUUCCAACGAGGACAAUCCUCCGCCCUUCCCUCCACCGGAGCGCGCCAUCGUGGCGUGGUUCGCGCGCCGCUAUUGGUCCGCCAUGAACGCAGCCGCGGCGCGCUGCGGAUUGAAGCGCAGCCGCCAGGUGGCGUGGCAUGAUUUGCUCGCGGGAGUGAGCAAUCAGGAUAGGGUUACCCGCGCAGACAACCCAGGAAUUGCAGGGGCGUUUUUCGACACGGCGUUUGACUUCAGAUUCGUUCGGAACAUAGCGCGCCCGCCCUUCUCUAAGAACCCUGUGUGCCGGCACCUGCGGCGGGGAUGUGCCUUCUCCCUGCUGCGCCAGCUGCCACUCGUGCACCGGCCGCCCAAAGAGCUAGAGCUGCCGCCCGAAGGUCUGCAGCUGCCGCCCAAAGAGCUACAGCUGCCACCUGAAGAAUCGGAGAGGGGAACGGGCGGCAGCGAUGUGGGCGUGAGAGGAGUGGCGGUGGAUCCGGAUUUGAAGCUCAUUGCGAUUGUCUUUCCACAGAGCCAGGUCACGUCACCAACUUUCCUCCUCUGCCCAUUCCCUUCCAUUCGUUUUCCUCCACUUCUCCCCCAUUCCCUUCCAUUCGUUUCCCUCCACUUCUCCCCCAUUCCCUUCCAUUCGUUUCCCUCCACUUCUCCCCCAUUCCCUUCCAUUCGUUUCCCUCCACUUCUCCCCCAUUCCCUUCCAUUCGUUUCCCUCCACUUCUCCCCCAUUCCCUUCCAUCCGUUUCCCUCCACUUCUCCAUCCUCCCCUGUUUCCUUCCAGUUCCAUGCAUGCAGGGAGAACGAUCAGUUCUGGGGAGUCAAUUUCUCCGAGUGGGACAACGUCAAGCGAUCCUUUUUCCACCCCACCACCUUCCGCCCUGUCGCCCACCCCAUCGGCCCCGCAACUCCUCCCGAACCUCCCCAUACCGCUCUACACUCCAUCUCUACCCCCAUUCUGAACGCACUUCCAAUCUCCCACCCCCUCUCGCCCCUCUCUGGUGGGUAUUAUAACUUCCUUUCUCGCUCCCACCGCCGCCGAACCUCAGCUCUGGCCCGAGCCUACGGGUUCCAUGGCCUGUGCUACCACCACUACUGGUUCGGCUGCCGCCGAACCACGCUCGCCGAGCCUCUGCUCCGGAUGCUAGAGGACGGCGAGCCCAACCUCCCGUUUUGUCUUAUCUGGGCAAAUGAGCCGUGGACAAACCGGUGGGAUGGGGCAAAAGCGGGAGGGAACGGAGUGCUGCUGGAGCAGACGUAUGGGGAUGAGGAAUGUUGGAAGGAGCAUUUUGACUGGCUGCUGAAAUUUUUCAACCAUCCGAACUACAUCAAGGUAUGCUGUGCAACCCCUUUCUGGGUGGGUAGAUAG